AGGGAGGAAGGACAGCAGAGCUCACACUUCAGACAGCAGUGCUUGUGGGCCUUUCUGGAGCGGAAACUCUUCUCUCACAGGGAGGGACACAGCAGGCAGCAGGCACCAUGGAGCCCCCCUCAGCCCCUGCCCACAGAGGGCAUGUCCCCUGGCACAGGCUCCUGCUGGCAGUCUCACUCCUGACCUUCUGGAACCUGCCCACCACUGCCCAGAUCACUGUUGAAUCAGUGUCCUUCAAUGCUGUAAAAGGAAGGGACGUUCUUCUACUUGUCCACAAUGCGAUAGAGAAUAUUCUAGCCUACCACUGGUACAGAGGAGAAAGAGUAAAGAACAGCCAACUAAUUGCAUCAUAUGAAGUAGACCGUCAAGUAACUAUCACAGGACCUGCACACAGCGGUCGAGAGAUAAUCUACCCCAAUGGAUCCCUGCUGUUCCAGAAGGUCAACCAGAACGACACAGGAUACUACACCCUGAACAUUAUAUACAAUGAUUUACAGACCGAAAGUGUAAUGAAACAGCUCUACGUAUACCCACCAGUGGCAAAGCCCAUCAUCGAAGCCAGCAACACCACCGUCACAGAACACGGGGUCACCGUGGUCCUGAAAUGCCUCACAAAUGACACCGGGGUCGCCAUCUCCUGGUUCUUCAAUGGCCAGAGUCUACUGCUCACAGAGAGGAUGGAGCUGUCCCAGGACAACAGCACCCUCACCAUAGAGCCCGUCAGGAGGGAGGAUGCUGGGAAUUAUCAGUGCGAGGCCUCCAACUUGAUCGGUUCCAGUAAAAGUGACCCCUCCAGGGUGGAUGUGAUCUUGCAAGAAAAUGGCCCAGUCCUCAGUGUGGGGGCCAUUGUUGGCAUUGUGAUUGGGGUCCUGGUUGUGGUGGCUCUGGUGGCUGCCCUGGGAUGUUUCAUUUUCCUCGCAAGGAUUCGCAGCCCUGGUUGCCUGAGGAACAGCAGAGAGAACUGGUACAUAGAGUCAACACCGGGAUAUGGUCCCUCCAGCAGCUCUCUCUCCCCGGCCUGCCUAUCUGACCGCAUGCCAGAGGUUCCCAUCUACCAGGAAUUAGUACACCCCGACACAGACAUUUACUGUGGGAUGGACCACAAAGCAAAUGUGGCUUCUUAGUGGCUGCCAGGAACUUCUCCUUAAGGGCUGUGGAAAAGAGUCCACCUAAGAUGCCAAACCUGAGAUGGAGUCAGAAGGUGGAGCCUGAGUCAGAGAACCAGCUUUGAGCCCUGAGGAUAUUCAAGAACCUGAAUCUAGGUUUGGGAUCCCUCCUGGAUUUCUGGAGACCCUGACAGGCUGCCCUGAGCCCUGGAUGGACUAGGAAAUGGGCUCCCAUUCCUGCAGGAAGUGGUGGGGGGCUAAGAGGGAAAGCGACUGGGGCUGUGACCCACCAUGGACCCCCAAGAAAUACGAAUAAAGAGCAUCUUCCCAUCA